AAACCAAGUCUUCCUUUCGAUCCAGCUACCCAAAAUCGGGACAGACUCGUGUGAGUGAAAGUAGUACAGGAUUCCCUUGUAUGAUACACACCACGUACACAGCCAGCCCCGUCGUCGUGGUCGUUUCCUCCCCACUUUUUUUCACCCAGAGAGAGAGGAGCCUUAAAUAACUCCCAGCACCACCAGGAGAGGAACGGUACUUGUAGAAUUCUUGCAAAUCCUAAAGUAAAACUAGUAUCGAUUCAGAACCUUCGUCCCCCGCGGGAGGGAUGUCGCCCCAAUUUCCUCCCAUGUCCUCCACCCCGUCCGUGUGCACCGCCUAGCCUGCUCCUGCGAGGUCACAUCCCCCCCGCACAGCCCCCCCCGUGGGACGAGUAGGUAGCCAGUAGUACUACCACCACUGUCAGUCUCCCAGUGAGGAGAAAGUCCAGUCGCAGUCGGAGCAGUCUUCGCAGCAGAAGAUGCAGCAGUCGAGUCGCAGAAUGGGUGCAGAAGAACGGCAUAAAGAAGAAAGUUGACGACACGUUUUACUUACUCGUGCUUCUACAGUGGGUGGAGGAACAGAUAAGUAAAUAGUAGUAAAAUUUUACCGUGUGUGAGUGUGUAUUUGCUGCUGCCGUGCCCUCGUCGUCGUCGUGUCCUCUAUAGAAUUCCGCUAGACCAAGUAAAAAUCCAACCAGACGAACGAGGAGACCAGUACAUAUGCACAUCCAUCCAUCCAUCCGCCCGACUCUCUUCUUCUUCUUGAGGGAUAAAGUAUGCUGACAUUUCCUCAAAUGGAUCAGUACUGGCUCAUCAAGCGGACGGAAUGGUGGUGGUGGUGCGGCUCCUCUUGCUAAGUGUUCUCUAAACUGUUCACGUAAAACGGAGUACUAAUUGGCUCAAUUUUUCCUCCGGGUGAAAAGUGGCGAGUGAGGGAUUUAUUGGGAUCGUUAUGACUUCCAAGAGUGAAACCAGCGAUCGGAGAAGGAUUGAUUCGUGAAGUUGUCGCAGUGCUUCUUCUUCUGGAUGACCACUCCUCCUCCUCGAAUAUCGGCCAUCAUGUCUGCUGCCCUCCUCCUCGUGCUGGUCAUCGGCGGCACGUUCGUGUCCUCUUCCAGGGUCAAUUUAUUGCCAGGCCCCAAAACGAAGGAAGCGACCAGCACGACGACGACCGCUGUGACGACUUGGACGACUCAUGCGGAGCCAGAUUUGGGCGGAAUUAGCCACGAAACACACCAACUUCCGGUUUGGGUUGUUCAUCGGUUGGAGGAGGUUCGGUCGAGGGCCAUCCACUGGCUGUUGUCCAAGGCGACGGACGAGUAUGGCUGGCCGGGUGGCGACACGGCGCGAGUCGUCAUCGCCUUGGCGGCAUCGUUGGACGAAUGGCCAGACAAAAAUGACCUCAUCACCAGACUGAUUGUCAAACAGAUGGAGGUCGAAGUGCUAGAAAAAUUGUUGAGGAGAGAAACCGAAUCCUUGACGCCAGCCAGAGUUGCAUUUUACGCCUUGGCGUUGGGUGGAUCGUGUCGAGAUCCGCACAACUUUUACGGGCACAACCUCAUCGAAACGUUGAACAAGCACCACGACACUCAGGACUUUCCGGGGUAUCCUGAAACGUUCGGGUACAGCUUCACCUCCCUCGUCUCUUGCCUCGCAGGUGGUCACCUCCACAAAAAGAGGACACGCCACCUCCUCCACAUCGCCAAGGAACACACCCAACGGGCACCUUCCUUAAUGGACACCGGAGGCAUCGCAGUCCUCGCGUUGGAAUGCAUCCGUCACCGGAAAAGGGGUGAAUUUCCUCCCACCCAUUUGCACGAGUCGCUCCAAGCAAUCGCAUCCCGACAGCGGGGAGACGGCUCGUUUGGAAACGUUCACUCCACCGCGAUUGCGAUCCAGGCUCUCUCCGCCACCAGUGGUGGACCCUCCAGCUGGAACCGAACCGGGGCGGCGUUGGCCCUGCAAAGUUUCCAAGAGGGGAACGGCUCCUUUCACAACGAGGUGGCCGCCACGAGCGAGGCGCUUCUCGCGGUGACCAGUCUGCUCAACGGGCUCGGCGUCCUCGCCCUCACGAAGGGUCACUGCACUCCAGGCAGGAAGCAGCGCAGGAGGAGAAAACACGAACCCGUCUCCCACACCCCGCUACUCUUCGACUGCACCAAGUUCUGCAACAACCAUGUCGAAAACACGGCGUCAAAAGUGGUCGUGGUCGUGACAAACUCGACAAGUUUUACCCCCGCGGAAAACAUUACUCUGAAUGACGAAGGAAUUUUGACGACGAUGACGACGACGAAGACGACUACGACACAAAACCCGACAGAUUUUAAACUAGCCGACCUUCCCGUGAUCUCGAUUCACUACUAUUUGUGGAUCGGACCCCACCCGAGGAGCGCGGUCAAGCACAACUUGACCCUUCAAGUCCCCACUAAUACGACCUUCUUCCUCGCCAUGCAACGCGCCGCGGAGUUGGAUCCGGCGUAUGAAUUUUCCGCCACCGUUUGGCCCAACGGGCAUUACGUGCACACAAUAUCGGGUCGUGAGGAGCGUCCCGUGGGCUACAAUUACUGGUUACUUUACCUCCUCAGAGCCCCACCAGACGCGGAAAGUCCGCCCGACAGCAGCCUCAUCGCGCAAGCUGGGGUCGAUGACCUGUGGGUGGAGGAGGAUCAAGUCUACCUCUUUUGGUACAAGGCGAUCUGAUCUGAGAAAUUCCAAUCUCACGUCCAAGGACGGUACGAGGAAGUUUAAGCCAAGGUGAUGACCGGUGAUAAGAACUUAUACUUGCUCCUCCUCACCAUUAAUUCCCACUCGGCUACGUACGCAAAGGAGGACAAAUUCCCGUGAAUAAAAAAUAAAUGUGAUAAGUGCAGCGAGAUUCAUGCCUCCACUCCGUUUGGGCUGAGAGGAGAAGAAAACUAUCGUGAAUUCGAUGGUAUGAUGAAGUAUUUAUGUACUUAAGUGACCCCACCAAAGCGAUACUGAUCCCGAUCGAGUAAGUAAUUUUAGUCGUGAUGACAUCCUCUCCUCGGACGAGAAGAAGGAGAAAAAGUGCAGUGAUGGAUAAUGUUUAGUGAGUGAGACAUAUGUAAAUUUGACGAUAUGAAGAGAUCUAUAUACUUCAAUAUGCCAGUGAAGUGGUUGGUUAUUUAUAGUGGGAGAAAUACUUAGCACGUGUCUCAUGUAGGGAAAUAUUUUAGAUAAAAUAAGUAAAUCGUGGCCUGAGUAAGUAAGCAAAUUACUUAAAUUUUUCGUAGAUUUCCUCGUGUGCUGUAUUUAGAUCUGCUCGGAAAAACGUGUCGUUCGUGUGGGUGAGUAGCAAAAAAUAGUUUGAAAAUCUUCACCAUUUCGUCCAAGUCAUUAAAUGUGGAUGAAAGUGGUUGGUUGGUUGGUUGGUGAUCGAUACCUGCAUAAUUCACGGGAUGGACGGGUCAUACAUAUUUGUAGCGGGUAGAGCUUGUAAAACCGUAGAAAAGUUACCACAAUUUUGAGAAAACUUGAACCAGAAAUCGUACCGAAAGCUAUUUAGACAAAAUAUUACAAUAUUAAAAUACGUCUUCUCUUCUAGUCUGUCGUUAUAAAAAUGUAACACUUUUAAGGGGUUGUCCAUACACUAUGUUCACUCGUAGUCUGACUAUGACCCAAUUCACCGAGUCCUUGGUAACUUUGUAGAAUCCGUAAAUUUUGUAAAGUAAUUUUACAAAAUAAAAAGACGCCCUUGAUCUGACAAGGGACACUCACGACCUGUCGUUUGAGUCCAGGGU